AGGUUCUAAGGUCAAAGGGUAAAGGCUAUCCCUUUGCGAUUGUGAAUAUACACAGCCAUCUUGGAUCUAACGUAGAGAAGAGAAAUUGAUGCGGUGAGGAUUUUGCACUUUUUAUUAAAUUUAUCUCUGCGGUACAAACUCAAGCUGAAGGCCGCAGCUGUUUGUGUUGCCUUUGUAUGAAAACUCCACCGUUUUAACGCUGAGGUGAUUAGCCUUUAGCUUCUGUAGCUGCUGCUGCUGCUGCUGCUGCAAACGGAGCUUCACACCGAGUCCAGAAAACGGACUGUGGAUACAUGCAGCCAUAGAGGGCCUGUAUUAGUGCCUUAUACUGACUGCUGUUUGCUGCUGAAGUGUAGGUGUUUUGUAGUUUAAAGGGUAAAGUUUGUUGUGGCAGUCAGUCCGCUUUUAUUAUGACUAUCUUAGCUGACACAGAUUCACUGCUAACGCUAGCAGCUAACUAGCAGGUUAGCAUCGCUGCUGUAUUUGAACUCUUCAGAGUCAAGUCCCUAACCCUUUAUCUCACAUCUAAUAGAGACCAAUACCUUGAAAGUAUAACAUGCAAAUAUAUAAUGUUAAGUUGUGCCGUCAGCAAUCUUGGUAAGCUAAUGUUACAGAUGAAAUGUAUACUUAACACUGUUAGAGAAGCAGAACUUUUUACCCAUAUGCGUUCAUUCAUAACAAACUAGACAAACACUUUUCAAAAGUUCCUGGAAAAGAAGAAGCCAGGAUACUUAUUUUGUCACCGUUAAUUGCAAAGUAGUUUUAAUGAAUGUUUCAAUAGCCACAGUUUAGAGUUUGAAUCCUGAUAAACGCCAGAAUAGUGCUGGACUGAGUUGAAUAAGUUGACAACAAACUGGGUCAUUUUGUUUGCCCAAGUGCUAAGAAACAAGAUUCAUGAUAAUGACAUUGUCUCAAUUGAGAUAUUUAGUUUAACCUAAAAGUUUUUAAAGUAGCAACAUGAGGUAAUAAAGUCAACAACUGUAUCUUGGUUGGGAAUUUGAAGUGUAUAAAACUAUGUUUUUGCUGUUGUCUAAGGUUUUACUCUAUGCCAGACUUUUUCCCUCUGUCCAGGUGACGAAAGGCAUGUUUGGUGCUAGAAAAAAAUUUGUUGAGUUCGUGGAGGUUGUCGACAACGACUUCGCAGAUGAAAGCAUGUACUACAACCAACCGUCGAUGUUCCCACAUCGGUCGGACAAAGACGUGAGUGCUUGAUGUGUACCCUACACUUUGCCCAUCCUCGGUAAAACGGUGUAAAUAUCCUCUUACUGAUCUCACUGUUCUCUUGUUAUCCUGCAGAUGCUCUCCUCUCCCUCACCAUCAUCAUCAGGGCAGCUGUCACAGCUUGGUGCAAGUUUGUACGGCCCACAAAGUAAGUGUUAAUUAGAUUUUCAAUAUGUGAAAAUUUGCUGAGGAAUACACUGAAGUCUUCAUGUUCACCUCUUGUUUUCCUUUUUUGUUGUUGCAGGUGCACUUGGCUUCUCGAUAAGGGGCAUGGGGAACAGCACGCCUCAGUUAAACAGAAAUCUAACACAAGGCACGCAGCUAUCGAGUCAUAUUACCCCCACAACUGGUGUCCCUACCAUGUCCCUCCAUACCCCUCCUUCACCAAGCAGGUACUCAGUUAUGUGUCAGGGUUUUUAAAUGAAUGCUUGUAUGGUUCAUUACAUUAAAAUAACAACCAUGUAACAGGAAAUGUCAGUUAAAAACAUAUUUAAAAAAAUUGAUCAUAAUCCACUAAACCAGAUCUAUUCAUGUUCAAAGGGGGACAUUGCCGAUGAACACAAGGAACAUGCUGAACCACUCUCAGGUCGGACAAGGCAUUGGGAUGAGCGGCAGGACCAACAGUAUGGGCAGCUCGGGGCUCGGCAGCCCCAACCGAAGCUCACCCAGCAUCAUCUGUAUGCCGAAACAGCAGCCGGCACGCCAGCCCUUUACUAUAAACAGGUAUGCAGAUCCUGCCUUACACCCAUACAUGCCCACUGGAGUGUUAAAUCCACAGUAGACAGCUACUGAUCUUAAACUUUCUUUUUUGAAAAGUCAGCUUUGGGAAAUUGGCCUUAUCUAUUGCUUUGGCUUUCUUUUGUCACUGCAGCAUGUCGGGAUUUGGAAUGAACCGUAACCAAGCUUUUGGGAUGAACAACCCUUUAUCGAGCAACAUAUUCAAUGGCACAGGUUAGUAUGUUAAAAAAAAAAGGUAAAUAUAUAAAUAAAAGGGGUCACAAGGAGUUUUGUUUUAAUUUUGUUUCAAGGAGUAUUAGCAGUAUUUUAAAAAUGCACUCGUAGGCUCAGUGAAAAUCAAUUUAAAAAGAUAAGGCUCCAUUUUAUAACACUAAAAUAAACUUAAAAACACUUAUUAUUAUUGCAGGGUUAUUUUUUUUAUUUUAAUCAUUGCCACAUUUAUUAAGUGAUAAAUUGCAUCAGUGGGGCCAUUACAUAUUAAAUGUUCCUAACCUUCCUAUUGCUGCAGAUGGGAGUGAAAAUGUAACGGGUCUGGAUUUGUCAGACUUUCCUGCAUUAGCAGACAGGAGUCGGAGAGAAGGGACUGGAAACCCAACACCGGUGCUCAACCCGCUGGCUGGACGGGCCCCUUAUGGUAGGCUAUUAAGCUGCAUAAAAGAUCUUAUUGUUUCCCACAUUAAGUAGAAGAUAAAUGAAUGUCAGCCUCAGGACUGGAUUCAUAAUCCCUGCUAAGAUUUUGAUUUAUUUAAAUAAGAACUGUGUGUGAUUUGUUGCCCACUAUACCUUGGGGAAUGACAGUCUCUGCAUCUCUUUUUUUUCAUCAUCAUCAUUAUGUAGUCGGCAUGGUGACAAAGCCAUCAACCGAACAGACACAGGACUUCUCCAUCCAUAAUGAGGACUUCCCUGCACUGCCUGGCCCAAACUACAAGGACCCCACGUUGAACAAUGAUGACAACAAAACAGUAAGUGUCACAUAAAACAUGAAAGAGAAUUAAUUGUAAUGAAUUCUGGAUGUUAAUUUUCUUUUUUAAACAAAUUGCUUUUGUUUCAUAGAACUUGAACUCCACAAGCAAGAGCACAUCCAAUGCAGAUGGACCCAAGUUCCCCGGAGACAAGACUGCCUCAGCACAGAACAACAACCAGAAGAAAGGGAUCCAGGUGUUGCCCGAUGGUGAGACCUCUCAGCAAAUCGUAUCGCUCCAAAUCCACUGAGACAUCCCUUCUUAAUCCCACAACUUGGGUGAGGCAGUUGGGCUCUCUACCCAGUAUUUGGGGUUAGAUAAUUAAAGGGUAGGCUACAGUGAGGAAGCCAAGUGAAUAUGUUCACCAUAACAGAGACCAUCAUCAUCUCUCCAUCACUUGUUAAAGACAUACCCAGCUUAUUUGCGGUCCAAGUUAUGCACACACUGUGGUUAGAAAAAUAGAGGUAAUGUAUGACAGUAAGCAUUAACUGUAUAUGAAUGAUUUUUCAGUGGUUUGUUAACUCUUGAAUCAUCUCUUUGCUGCUGCAGGUCGGGUGACGAACAUUCCCUCAGGAAUGGUGACAGACCAAUUCGGCAUGAUAGGCCUGCUGACGUUUAUCCGAGCGGCGGAGACUGAUCCAGGGAUGGUCCAUCUAGCACUUGGAAGCGACCUUACGACACUGGGACUCAACCUCAACUCACCUGAGUGAGAAAGCUGUCCUACCAUUAACACAGUUCCCCAAAGCAUUUAUGAGCAAGGAAACCUUUUUCUGGUUAAACAUUCAGAAAAUGAGGUUGAUAAAUGAAUAGUCCAGUAAAAUAAGUAUUUUUACUCAAACUUACCACUUUUGACUGCACCUUUAAAAUAUCUGUUUUUUAGUUUGUGCUUUUUCCAUGUAUCAGUUUAAUGUUUUGUUUCAAUGUUGACAAUCUAAAUGCAACUUCCUUUGCCGACAGAAACUUGUACCCGAAGUUUGCCUCACCAUGGGCGUCAUCGCCAUGUCGACCUCAAGACAUCGGUAAGAUAUAAACAUGUAAUAUGUUAGAGUGGUAAAAGUAGUAAAAGGUAGUAAACGCAAUUUGACUAGGUGGUAAAUUUGUCAUCACCCUUUCAAUAUAUCAUGACCUCUCCAUUGAUGCUGAAUUUUGUGCAUUUUUGAUGCACACUGGAUUACACAAAGGAUCCACCGUUCACCAGCAGCUGUGUGCACCUACCCCCACACAAAAACAAUGUCGCAAUGUUGUGUUGGUAUUAAAAAAUAUUUUAGAGGUAGUAAAAAAGGUGGUAAAAGGUAGUAAAUUCAACUCUAGGAUAGCUGUAUAAACUCUGGCGAAAGAGGAGACUCCAGGCCCACGUCAGCUCCACCUCCAUGCCUGAUAAUGUGACUGAAAGUUAGGUUGAGUCAGCAUUUUAGACACAGUGGUCGCUGCUGAUCACUCUACACAAACUCUACUUUAGAAAUGAAAAGGGUGUCACUGAAGUGGCACUGGGACUUUGUCCAUUUAUUUUGGACUGUGUUACACAUUGACAAUUAUAUUCAUGAAGGCUGAUGAGAGCUGACUGCUAAAGACACCCACUACUAUCCAUGUGAUUCUUUGGUCACUUGUUUGUUUUUGCUCCUGUAAAAUCUAUGCAUGGGGUGAAAGUUCUACCAAUGGACAGAUCUGUAGUGUAACAAGGCUCGUUUUGUGUGUGGUAACCAGCUAAAUCUCUAAAUCUUUUUUUAUUUUUUUAUUUUUUAUUUUUACAUAGCUCUGUUUUGGUUUGUGCUUUGUAAGUUUUGGCUUCAUAUAAUGACUUACUGUCAUCAAAAGCAGGAAUCUUUCAUGUUUACUGUCAGGAGAGUGCAAAUUCAUCCUACAGUUAUUUAAGGAUAACAUGUCAUACACAGUAUGUGGUUACCUUUCAGAUUUCCAUGUCCCCUCUGAAUACCUAACCAAUAUCCACAUAAGGGACAAGGUAAUUAUGAACACAGCCAGUAGACGUAGACUUUAUGCAGAGAACUACAUGGAAAGAGAGGUAACCUCUUUGCUGUCCCGCCUCUAGUUGGCUGCAAUUAAACUGGCACGAUAUGGCGAAGACCUGUUGUUCUACCUUUACUACAUGAACGGUGGAGACCUGCUGCAGCUUCUGGCAGCAGUAGAGCUGUGAGUAUUUAACUAUUGUUGGGACUGUUGGAGAUAUUACUGCUUUUUAAUUGUUUCCAUUAUUGUUCCUGUUUGUGUCCUCUUUAGCUGUCAUGUUUUGUCAGCAUAAAAUCACAGUUUUUUUUUACUUUUUAAUGUCCAGCUUUAACCGGGACUGGAGGUACCACAAAGAGGAGCGGGUUUGGAUAACAAGAGCGCCUGGCAUGGAGCCAACACUGAAGACCAACACGUAUGAGAGGGGAACUUACUACUUCUUUGAUUGUCUUAACUGGAGGAAAGUAGCCAAGGUAAAACCGCGCCUCCUCUUUUUGUUUCAAUCAUCCAUCAAACUCCCCUGUGCAAAGCUACUUGACUUUUCCGUCUUAUUCAGACUUUUGUGAUUAUCUCACAAUUGUGGUUGUGUUUUUCAGGAGUUUCAUCUGGAGUACGACAAGCUGGAGGAGAGGCCUCAUGUGCCAACAACAUUCAACUACAACCCAGCCCAGCAGGCCUUCUAAGGCCCGACCAGUCCAAAGCUGCACCUGUUCCUGCACACAGCACUGUUGUCCAGGAGGGGGUGCUGUGGUUCACAUAGCUUGGUUUUUAUUCCUCGAGGAUUUGGCUAUAUGACUGCGGGGGUCGUCGCCACCAUCCAAACUGCCCUGCCCUUCCAAAAUUACAUGCUGCCCAAAACACCAACACUUUUUAUUCUUUGUGUUCCUGCUGUAAGUUUUGUCUCAUUUUGAGCAGGGUCUGUGUUAUGUUUACGUCUCUGAAUCUGACCGCUGUUUGCUCGCAGAGCGGUGGACUGACCUUGUGGCACAGGACAGUAACAGUAACAAAGGUUACGCCUCGUAUUCACAGGUGUUAGAAAGAAGUCAGGGAAAGUAACUAUCUUGGGACGCAAGUGAAAGGUUGAAAGAAAUGCAAUGUCUAUUGUUGCACUAUAUUUAGUAAUAAAAGAACACAAAAUUUGUUUGUGCUUUUUUAUGUUGACACUCCCUGAAACAUCUUUUUUCCUUUCCUUUUUUGUGUCAGGGGGUUCAUGCAAAGUUUCCACAUGCAUCCCUUUUCAUCGCUCCUUUUUUCUUCCAUUCUGAUACCUCUGUAUUUCCACCAACAAACCGUUUUCUUUUCUUCCCCUUCUUUUUCAUUCUGUAUGUCUCUCACUGUGACUUCUGUGCCAGCUGAACAUUGACACAAGUCGGGGAGGCGACUUUGGUUUCCUCAAAUGUGGCCGAAUCCUCACAAAUGUUGCUUCAGGGCAACAAAACAAUUUCCAGUCUUUGUUACAAUUUUGUAAGAAAUGUGUACAUUUUUGUUUCUUUGCAUCACAUAACUUAGUAUAUGUAUGUACGAUUGUGUAUAUAUGAUUGCUAUAUAUAUAUAUAUAUGUAUGUGUAUAUAUAUAUAUAUAUAUGAAAUCUAUUUUGGAAGAUAUUUUGCCCUGCCUUGUACCUCGUUUUUAUGAGGUGAGCAUGGAUGCAAUAUGUGGAUGUAACAGGACAUUUCUGGAUCUGCUGGACAGGGUGUCGCACUUACAACAGAAUAAUACGUUAAAAUGUCAUUUAAGGAAAGGCCUGAUUCUCAGCCAAAAACGAAGCAAACUAGGAGAUCAUUCCCCCCCGAGUUUAGAGUCCAAAGCUGAAGGAGGGAUGUAUUUCAAUCAAGCUGUUUGAACAGCUGUGAACAGCAGCAUUUCAUAGGAAACGGAAAAACGAUAAUUUAGGGAGAAAAAAAAUCAGACCAUUCUUGUAUUUUCUGAAGCAAAGUGCUUCUUUUCUUUGUAUUAAAGCAGAAAAGGCUUUCCUGAA